GACCCGAAUGUUUUUGCUACGAAUUUUCCAACCCCAAUGAUCAGAAAUCUUCCUUCCCCUUGAAAUCCUUGAAAAUCGGAAGGAAAAAUACCCAGAAAAAAUGUUACCUACAUCUUCGUCCUCAUCCUCCUCAUCAUCAUCAUCAAAACAAAUUCUGUUCAUCUCAACACUCAUAAUCCUCUGGUACUCGUCAAACAUCGGUGUUCUUCUCCUCAACAAGUUCUUGCUCUCCAAUUAUGGUUUUAAAUACCCAAUUUUCCUCACAAUGUGCCAUAUGUCAGCUUCUGCUAUCCUCAGCUAUAUCUCCAUUGUGUUUCUCAAAGUCGUGCCGUUUCAGAAGAUCAAAUCUAGGUCACAGUUUUUAAGGAUUGCAACCCUCAGUGUCGUUUUUUGUGGGUCUGUUGUCGGAGGGAAUAUUUCUCUCCGAUAUCUGCCGGUUUCCUUCAAUCAGGCCGUCGGAGCAACCACGCCAUUUUUCACGGCUCUGUUUGCGUAUCUGAUGACCUUCAAAAGAGAAGCAUGGAUUACUUAUGGUGCUCUUGUUCCUGUUGUUGCUGGAGUUGUAAUUGCAAGUGGGGGGGAGCCGAGUUUUCAUUUGUAUGGAUUUAUUAUGUGCAUAAGUGCAACUGCUGCUAGGGCCUUCAAAUCUGUUCUUCAGGGUGUCCUACUUUCUUCAGAGGGGGAGAAGUUAAAUUCGAUGAAUCUGUUGCUUUAUAUGUCUCCAAUGGCUGUUGUGGUUUUAUUGCCGGCAGCGCUUGUAAUGGAACCAGAUGUUUUAGAUGCCACCCUCUCUCUUGGGUCAAAACAUAGAUUCAUGUGGCUGCUGCUUUUUGUGAAUUCAACUAUGGCUUAUUCAGCCAACUUGACCAACUUCUUGGUCACCAAGAACACAAGUGCACUAACACUACAGGUAUUAGGGAACGCUAAAGGUGCUGUAGCAGUUGUUAUCUCAAUACUUCUUUUCCGUAAUCCGGUAACCUUUAUAGGCAUAGCCGGCUACUCCGUGACUGUUAUGGGGGUGGUUGCUUACGGAGAAGCCAAGAGGAGAUACAAAUGAUCAUUUGCAUUUUAGUCGACAAAAAGGAAAAUAGUCAAGCUUACAUGAGAUCCUCACGAUGAUGUUGUACGGCAUGCACAUAAUACGGUCUUUGAUUCAUUAUCAAGAAGGGUUAGGCAAGCAACAUAUUACAAAAGAGAAUUCUAAGUUCUUUAUUUUCUAUGUAAUUGCAUUAGAUAUGAAACAUGGUGUUGAUUUGUACUUGAUAGAAGAGUGAAGUGAUUUGUG